CCCCCCUGCCGUCCUGCUCCCUAUUCCCCAAUCCCAGCCGCAACCCUAGGGAGCGGCGCGCUGCACGGCGACCGGCGGCGAGGGCAGGCGACCAGGCGCUGUCGAGCCGGCGAGCCGCGGAGGGGCUGCGGGGCGCGGGCUACGGGCACUGGCUGCUCCUCCUGUUCGGCACGCGCGCGCGACGGCCUCGGCACCUCGGCGGCCAGGCGCAGGCGCGCAGCGCCGCAUCCAGCAGGCAGUCAGGCAGGCGGCAGCAGGCGCAAGCAUUCAAGCAAGGGCAACCAAGCCGUAACAUCACGGCUCAAUCCAUUGCUAGUUAAUUGUUAUAACACGAAUCGAGUAAGUUGGAUUUUGCUAUGGCAGCCGAGGAAGAUGUCAAGCAGAGGCAGAUCAUUGAAAACCGUGCAAGAAAUAUAAGCCACAAUGUUCGAUGUACUGAAUGUGGUAGCCAAUCAAUUGAGGAUUCACAAGCUGAUGUUGCUAUUCUCCUUAGAAAGCUCAUUCGUGAUGAAAUAAAAGCAGGAAAGAGUGAUAAAGAGAUCUACAAGAAACUAGAGGAUGAGUAUGGAGAGACGGUUUUAUAUGCCCCUAAGUUUGAUCUUCAGACCGCUGGGAUAUGGCUUUCACCUGUCAUUGUGGGUGGUAUAGCAGCUGGAAUCUGGGCUUACCAAAAGCACAGGCAAAGGACGAAUGUUCACAUUAUGGCUUUGAACCUUGUCCGAGGGGUUCCGCUGACUCCAAGGGAGAAGGAAACCAUGCUUGAGAUCCUCACACCACCACCGCCUCCAAGGAAGUGGUGGUGGCCAGGCCAAUGAUGUAGUGUUCAUGUGUUUAUCCAGCAGUAUAGAGUAUGUUUCCCAUGUUGCAAAUUUUUAGCUCAGAGUUUGGAUGCAUAUUGGAUAUAUGUGAUACUUCCAUAACGAAUUUUGGUUGAAACAAACAGUUGCAACAUGUACUCCAUGGAACUAGCAGCAUUUGCUGCAUUACUGAAGGCAAUGCAUUUCUGGCAGAUUGGGAACA